UGAAGUCAGAUUCAUGGAUAGGAUCUAACAGUCACUGAAUUAAUUAAGUUGCAUUUGUAAAAUUGAAGCCCUUUUAGAUUAUCAAAAAACCAGCAUUGGGAAUUGUAUACCUGUUCAGAUUCCCAAUGUAAUCAUCUCCCUAUAAUAUGCUGGAGAAGAAACACCAGAAAUCACUUUUAAAAAAAAAAAAUUCAGAUGGAAGAAUUAGACUGUGUGGACGAAUUCUAUUUCUCAGUAUUAUUUGAUUACGAAGAACCAUUGUUCCCAAUUUCAGAUGAAAUGUAUGCUGAGGAAUUGCAAUUGCAAGAGGCCUUAUAUUCGGGAGCCACAGUUUCAGUAUACAAUGAGUUUAAAAGAGUAAAGAGAGAAUGUUCCGGUACAUUUUGCAGUAUCUGCACAAACAACAAACUCGCAAACGAAAUGUUCGCCACUGGAAAUUGUUCACAUUCUUUCUGUGUUAAUUGUGUCACCAAAUAUGUGACUAGAAAAAUCGUACAAGAAAAUGUUAGCGUUAUCAAGUGUCCCGAUAUUGCUUGUAAGGCCAUAAUUAAACCCAAGUUCUGGAGAGAAAUUGUUCCUAAGCAAGUGUUGGAUCAAUUGGAAAAAAAUACUCUGUUUUUGGGUUCAAUAAAAUUGCACUGUCCUUAUAAGGACUGUUCAGCUAUAUUGGUUGAUGAUGGGAGUGAGAAUGUGAUUGACUCUCUGUGUCCUAAUUGUGGUCGAUUGUUCUGUGCUCGGUGUAAUGUCUCGUGGCACGAGGGAUUGGAGUGCAAGGAUUUUCAGCGUUUGGGCAGAUUAAACGAUAGAGGGAAGGGAGAUGUAAUGCUGAUGGGAAUUGCUAAGAACAAGAAAUGGAGGGAAUGUCCAAAGUGCAAGUGUUAUGUUGAAAAGGGUGACGGCUGCUUCCAACUAACUUGCAGGUGUGGACAUGAUUUUUGCUACCGCUGUGGAAUGGGCCACAAAUCUCAACAUAUUUGUCCUUCAACUUAACUAUAACCCCAUUAUGGUCGCUCAAGCUUUCUUUCAUGCACGAAUCUUGUGCUUUCGAUGAUUGAUUUCAGGG